GGCGAUAGAUUACGACAGCUGAAAAAGGACAAUGUAAACGUCCUAAGCCGGCUCAACGAAUUUGCCGCCUCCGGCGAAGGGUCGAGGGACUCAUUCCUCUCUUGUGGGCUCCCCGCCCGGGAGGCUGAAACGAAGGAUCUAAGGAAUCAUCUAAACAACAAGGCAGAAAGCUCCUGGGCCCCAAAGUGAUCGAGAGCCAAUGAGCACCCUCCUAACGACCAUUCAAGGAAGGCAAGGCCAUUAGCCCUGGAUGACCUCCAACGAGGAUUGUCUAGACGGAGGAAGAGAGAUGAGUCCAAGGAGGAUUCUACCCUAUCCACACGGCGCCCAGGAAAUAGGGGGCCUAUUGAUGAACUCAAAGACUUCAGAAGACAUCCCGUCAGUGAGGAAAUUGAUCUCAAAGCCCAAUUGGAAUCCAGGAGAAAGAGUAAGGCUGUCCAAGAUGAGGUCGAAGACGAGGUCAUACAAAUACCCUUUACCAGGGAGAUCGGAGAGAUGGAGGUUUCAAGAAAGUUUGUCGUGCCGAGGUUCAAAACUUAUGACUGGCGGUCCGAUCCUGAAGCCCAUCUCAGGCAAUACAAGCAGAUGAUAUCCCUCUAUCAUUCGGACCAAUGGUUCCUCUGCCGAGUGUUUCCUAUGAGCUUGGGGGACUCUGCGAUGAAGUGGUUCAAGGCACUUCCCUCCAACAGUAUUGGAUCGUGGAAGGAAUUGACGAGGCAGUUCCUGGCUCAAUUCAUUACGGGGAGUAAGCGGCCCAAAGACGU